AUUUACAUAAUGUUUAUUUAUGUUUUACAAACUGUUUCGAUGCCUUGAAUAUGGAUUCAAAUCUAAAAAUUGACUUUGAAUUACUAGACUAUGAAGACGACGAAGAAGUGUUUAAUAACGAACAGCUUCUUAAUGGCAACGAUUAUAAUCUGUUGAAGAGUCCCGAGAAGAUCACAGAAAACAGACAGCAAACAAGUUUUCGUGAUUUCCUUUUGAAACCAGAGCUGUUGCGAGCGAUCACUGACUGCGGGUUUGAGAAUCCAAGCGAAGUGCAGACCGAAUGCAUACCACAGGCAGUACUCGGCGUCGAUAUUCUCUGUCAGGCGAAGUCCGGAAUGGGAAAGACAUGUGUCUUUGUUUUGUCGACUCUCCAACAAUUGGACAUAAAGAGUAUUCAUAUAGAGGUUGUAGUGGUCGUCCACACCAGAGAGUUGGCUUUUCAAGUGGCCCGAGAGUACGACCGGUUCAGCAAAUAUAUGAACGUAGAGACGGCUCUUCUUAUCGGAGGAUAUCCGCAGCGAAUGGACGAACGUUGUCUUCGGGUUAACCGACCGAAUAUAGUGGUCGCCACUACUGGACGACUCAUAGCAUUGAUUCGCGAUAAGGCCAUUGACUUAACACGGGUUCAGCACUUUGUGAUCGACGAGUUCGACAAAAUGCUCUCUGAAAGAGACACUAUCCAACAAAUAUUAUUCAUCAAUCAAAGCAUACCGACUGAGCGACAGAUAAUGAUGUUUAGCGCCACAAUGGAUGAGAAUAUGCACAUUAAAGCCCGAAAAUUAAUGCAGAAUCCGUUGGAAGUGAUUAUCGGUGACGAUCGUAGGCUUAUUCUUCACGGAUUGCAACAGUUUUAUGUCGAAAUUCUCGAAAAAGAGAAACUCAAAAAACUUUGCCAAAUCUUAGCUAACGUUGAAUACAAACAGACAAUCAUUUUUGUGAACACAAUUCAAAGAUGCAAAGCGUUGUACGAAUCACUCUAUAGUAUGAAUAUGUCUGUCGUUCCCAUUCACUCGGCUCUAUCACAAGAGAUGCGUCUAAACAACUAUCAGUUGGUGAAGAGCUAUAGGAGACGUAUAUUAGUGGUGACCAUAAUGUUUGAUCGGGGAGUAGACUUCGAUAGAGUCAAUCUUGUGGUCAAUUACGAUAUGCCAGAGUGUAGUGACGACUAUUUGCACGCCGUUGGCAGAGCCGGAAGGUUUGGCACUAAAGGUGUCGCCAUUUCGUUUAUAUCUGGUUAUAUGGCCGAUAAGAUUCGCAAUGAAAUUCAAAGUCGAUUCGACAUUAAACUCGAUGAAUUGCCCGAAAAUGUUGCUAUUUAA